AUGACUUGUUUCCCUGUCUCCCUGCCUCUGCUCCGGCCUCUUACCACCGGGAGUUCUCCAGCUACCCGCUCUGGCCAGGCGGCGUUCCGGAACAGAUCUUCAUCGCUACGGAUGGCAGUGGUGAGCACGGUGGAGCUUGGGCCUUCUGUGCCUGGGCGUGGUGGCGCAGCCGCUGGUAUCGCCGUGUUCGGAGCUACUGGCGCUGACCUCCCGUGGUCGCCCCAAGGGCAGCCCCCCGCCGGCCUCUCUUUCCAUGCGGAGCUGUGGGCUCUCCAGGCUGCUGGCCUGUGGCUUGUUGCAUGGGUCGACCGACUCUCGCUGCUCACCUCUUCCGCGCCUACUCGGGUCACUAUUGCAGUGGAUAAUGCCGCUGCCCUUCAGAUCGCCGCUGGGCAGGCGCAAGCCGGCGAGAAUGUCACCACUGACACUCGUUACGUGUGGCAGGCUGUCCAGUCUCGCCUCACAACCCGCUUUCAGCAUGUGCACAGCCAUGUCGGCAUCAUGCCGAAUACGCUUGCCGACUUUCUUGCUGGUUGGGUGGGGCAACGCGGGUGGCGGCCCUGGAAACAAACUGACCCCACUCUGCCUGCCCUCUUCCGCCAGGCCGGGCCUUGGCUAUGGGCUGUUCCCCGAGCGCGGGUUCAACAAGGGCGGCCUUGCCUUCAGCUUGUCUCGGACUCCCUUCCUCCAGCGCCUCAGACGAAAGAGCCUUAUGCCCAAGAAUCCCCGUCGGCUGGCCCCUCAGAAGCCCCGGUGCUGGAUGAGCCUCGCCAGCCAACCAUGACUUCCCCCGUCCCUCUUCGCAUCGUUACGGCUAAUGUCCAGACGAUGCAUGAUUCCCGUGCCUCCUUCUUCAAUCCGUCGGGACACGGUCAACGCCGCCAGUACUUGUACUCCCAGGUGGAUAAGCUGAGCCUCGACAUUGUUUGUCUGCAAGAGACCCGCAGCAAAGGGGGACGCUGGGAUACUGCCGGUUUGCUCACCUGGCGGUCCGGGGCCGCCAAGGGCAGCUAUGGCUGCGAAAUUUGGGUGAGACCACAUCUCACGAACCCGCCACUGCGCCUUGACGAUUGGCGCAUCACAAACGCCACCCCCCGCAGCCUCAUCAUUGUGUGCAAACGAGCUGACUUCCCGCUGGCCAUCGCGGUGGCGCAUGCACCCCACUCUGACAGGCCGGCCGCGGAGAUUCAUCAAUUUUGGUCCUCACUGCAGGCCUCGCUGUGCCAGUUGCCUCGGACCCUAACACUUGUUAUUGGCCUUGAUGCCAAUGCCGACCUUCUGUGGGCCGAUGAGGACCACGCCUUCAUCGGGGACGGCCUAGGGUGUGGUGAAGAAGGGGCUGGCGAGCAAGGCCUGUUCGAUACCAUGCAACGCUUUCGGCUGACGGCCCCAGCCUCUUUCUCUGAUAUCCAGGUUGGCCCGGGCUGGUCUUGGGAGCACACUGGCGGUACCCGCAAGCGUCUUGAUCACAUCCUGCUUCAGGCGGGUUCCUGGCAGUACCGCCGCUCCUGCCAGCUCCCUGAAUUUGAUAUUCUGAACGGUCGGCGCGACCAUAUGCCCUUGCUUGUUGAAUGUGAGCUUCGGGGUCGACCGGCCCCUGCCGCGCGCUUGCGCCCCCCUCCACGGGCAACCGCCUUGCAAGCUCAAACUCUUGCGGCUGAUCUCUGGCAAGGACUCUCUCCAUCCAUUGGCGCAGUCGUGAGUGUCGGCCAUGAGGUCCAAGCCCUUAAGCGGCGGCACCUCCGUCUCCUGCGAGCUCUCCCCAGCCCGCCGAGGCGACCCAUCCGCCAGCCAUAUAUUUCUUCCUCCUCUGUGGCUGCUCUCGAGAAGGUCAGGCAGGGUCGGGAACAACUUCCCGCUUUGCGAGCCAAUGUCGAGUGGCAACAGCGGCGUUUUCUUCUGCAGGUCUGGCGCCACUGCUGUGCGCGCCCCGAUGCCAGCACAGCUCGCCCCGACCCUACGGGCCUUCAGCACGCUAGGCUCUUGCUCCAAGCUUGCAACUUGCAUGUGCGUGGCCUGCAGCAAAAGGCACACUAUCUCGCCCGCGCUGACAAACAAGCCCACUUUCGCUCCCUCACUCUUGCGGCCGCUCGGCAUUGGGAGUCUACUGGAGUCCCUCUUGAGUCCAUCCGGCAUCUCCGUUGGGCCUCUCGUAAGUCCCACGAAAGGCGAGCCGUCCACGCGGCUGGGGGAUAUGACAUUGACCCGGAGCUUGAAGAUCAAUUUCGCGCCCAAGAAGGAGCCAGCAGGGUUGAGGCCGCGCAAUUGUCUCAGGCUGCGGUCAGCUGGAUGUCCUCGCCCUGCCUCCCUUGCUUUGAAGCGGUCCCCUCUCUGCUCCAGCUUGAGCAGCUCUGCAUCCGCCAAGCUCCGGCUAAAGCCCCUGGGCCGGAUGGACUGCGUAACGAGCUCUGGCGGUCGCAGGGCGCCCAUGCAGGCCGCUGGCUUUGGCCCCUGUGCGCCAGGAUCGCCCUUCAAGGCCGAGAGCCUUUUGACUUCAAGGCCGCCAUUGUAUGCGCCCUUUACAAAAAAGGGCCUGCAUCCCUGCCGGCCAACUAUCGCUCCAUUGCCCUUCUUAAUGGCGUUGCCAAGCUAUGGCACUCGCACCUUCGGUCGACCAUAGGAGGGCACAUCCUCUCUCGCUAUGAGCCCAUGCAGUUGGGAGGGCGUAAAGGGGUCCACACGGGGUUUGCUCUCGCCGCUUUUCGGUGCGCGUGGGACCUCUCUGUCUCAGCUGGGCGUUGUUUGGCCGUGGUCUUUGUUGACAUCCAAGCCGCCUACUAUGAGGCCAGUCGGGACUUGCUCUUUGACGGCUUCGCGGCAGAUGCCCAGGUGCCAGAGCACCAUCACCUCGCAGGUCUUGUCUUGAAGCUUCAGCAACAAGGAGCUCUUGCUGCCCUGGGGGUCGCGGACGAUGUCGCUGCCCUGCUCCGUGACUGUGUUGCGCUGUCCCACUGGUCCUUGUCGGGCUCCUCCAACAUCUUCCUUGCCUCCCGUGGCUCUCGUCCCGGGGAUGGCUUAGCUGACAUCCUGUUCGGCGCGCUCUUCGCGGUUGGAUUGCAGCACAUCCAGCGUGCCACCGCGCAGCUCGGCAUUACUCACACCAGUGCUGGAGUUGAGGUUGGCCUACCGCCCGGUGUCAAGCCCAUUGGGUGGGCUGAUGACCUCGCGGUCCUAGCUGACUUUGACUGCCCUGCUGAUUUGCAGGCUCAGCUUCCCCAGCUCGUCCGUGUCAUUCUGGAGACCCUCCGACUCCUUCGUUUCCGGGUCAAUCUCGGUGAAGGGGCUCGGGCGGCCCGUGGGGCCCUGCUGAGCGGGGACGCACUCCUGCAGGUCUCCGACUCAGACUCCAUCCGUCUCUGCCCGGAGUACAAAUAUUUGGGAGUUGCUCAACUGCCCCGGGAUACUGGACGUAGAGACUGCGAGCUCGCGGCGCAACGGGGCUCCGCUGCGGCCUCGAUGGCUCGCACCCUCCUGUGCAGCAACUGCCUCCCGUGGGAGCUCAAGCGUGCUUGGGUUGCGGGCAGAGUUCUCCCGUCGGCGUACUCCUCGCUCGCUAUGUCUCUUGCGGAGUCGGGCAGAGCGACCGCGCCGCUGGCAGGCCUUUUUGAGCGCACGGCCCGCAUUCUCUUGUCCUCGUGGCAAGUGGGGCACAAGCUCACCACGCCGCUUCUCCGGCUCUUUGCUGAUGUCCCUCCACCUGACCUUGCGACCGUGAUCAGCCAAUGUCGGCUGUGUGUGCAAUUGUUUUGCAAGGCGCCAGCGGCUGUCCGCGACAUUGUCGAUGCCGCCUGGAAUCGGGCGCUCCCGUGGUGCCAGGCUCUGGUUUCGGCAUGCAUGCGUGUGGGUGCGUCCCUUGAUCUCUGGGAUCCGGAGCAGCCUCCUGCUAUUACGGUUCUCUUCGUGCAGAGUCACGGGCGUGCCCUGCUCCGAGCCUGCAAGUCCCUGAGCAAGUUCGGUCACCGCUAUGCUGCCUGCGCCCAGCUGUGGGACGAUCUCUCAGCUCGGAGAACCACACACGUGCUCGGAGCCGCUCAGUCCUAUCGCUGCCCUGUCUGCCAGGACAUCUUUCCGAGCCUCCAUGCCGUCCGGGCUCACCUUCACCGAAAGCAUGGUGUCCUUUCCGACGUCACUGCAUACAUGGCGGGUUCUGUGUGCCUCUGGUGUAUGCAGGACUUCCACUCCUCAGACCGCCUGAAGUACCACCUGCAAACGCAGCGGCCCUGUUUGCACGGGCUUCGGGUCACUGUCGGCCCGGUGUACCAGUACGGGUCCGGCACUAAGCGCAAAGGCCGCGCGGCUCACCGGGGAGUUCCACCGCAGCGCCUCUGCGGUCCGUGUAAUGCCACCCCAGUUCAACGGCGCGCAGCUCGUCUCGGGGUGCCAGUUACCGAGGCUGAGUUACAGGAGGAGUGGGAUGCCGUUCAACGCUCGCCAGCCCUCUCGGACCUGGUUCCUGGCAAUCUGCACCGUGUUGCUGCGGGGUCUGCGUCUGCUUCGGCGCCGGUGGCUGUCCUCGGUUCUCUUGGUGAGGACGCCGCCUCUUCUCCCUUGUUACAGAGCCCCGCGUCAUCUCUGGUUGGUUCACUCGGUACCACGCAGCUCCAGUGGUACUCGUUUGUUGAAGGUGCGGCUGCCUGUGUUGACUGGGCGCUGCCUUCGCCUUGGUGGCCUGGGCUUCUCGCCCUCGGCGGGGUCUUCCGCCUGCCUUCUUCCUGGCACCGGCUUUGGUCCAUGUGGUCGGCAUUGGAGCUCUUCUCGCCUUGGGAGCACCGUGCCGUUCGCCGCUUUGGGGUCCUUCGUUCGGCCUCGUCUUGUGGCUUGGGUGCCCCUGUGUCGCUGGCUGACGCCACUGCUGGCCGCCGGUCACUGCUGGAGCUGGCCGCCGCCCUUGUUUCUUUCCGCAUGGUCUGCAAGACCGUCCACCUGCGGGGCGCCAUGUGGAUUUCUGGGCACCCCGGGCACCUGGGUCUUGCCCUGCUCCGCCGCCUGCUCCCCGCGGCUGUCUUCUUGGACUUCUGGUCUUCUGCUGGUCGCAUCUUUCUCGCGGCCAGCUCGGCCUCCUUGGCCUCAUCUGUGCGUUCGGCCCUCGUCGGCUCUUCCGCCCCGCCCUCGCUUUCCGUGCGAGCUUUCUGGGCGUACCCCGCUGCGUGA